AUGACUUGUUUGUGGAUUUUAAUUUUGAUCUUCAGCACCAUGUAUCCAGCCCAACCUGGUAGACGCUGGGUUGCUGCACAAUCCCUCACAGAGUCAGGAGUUUAUCAGCCUGAUAAAGAGCUCAGUGUGGAUAUCGGAGACUCGGCGACUCUGCAGUGUUGUAUUUCUGAAAAUGUAGUUGGGGUGAUCGCCUGGUUUAAGCAACCGAACAGAAAAAAACCUCAGAUUAUAGUCACGGUGUUUAAAACUGCUGGAGAAACAUUUUACAAUGAAUCCCAAAAGUCACGUUUCCAAAUAGAAAGAUCUUCAAACUGCUUCAAGAUGAAAAUUUUAAACAUCAUUCAGUCUGAUGAAGCCAUGUACUAUUGUGCACUGACGAGACCCAACCUUGUGUUUGCUGAUGGAACUUAUUUAAAAAUUAAAGGUGAACAUGUUACUAUUGAAUCAGAAACAUCUAAACCAGCUCUGGGUGAUAAUUCAGUGGGCUGUGAACCAACACUGCAUGGAAACAGCACGAACACGAACACACAAGAGAAAACAGUGCUCGGUUUGGGAACGGCUUUGGGUUUGUGUGCACUUCUGAUUUUCUGUCUCAUUUAUUUCAUACUGAGGAGAAGAAAAUGGGAUAAAAGUAAGUUAAACGCUUCUGUAGAAAAUUCUCCAGGAAUGAAUCAGGUACGUGAAUCUGAAGCUGAAACACUGAAUUAUGCAGCUGUGCAUUUCUCUAAGAGGAAACCCAAAGCUGAAACAAAGAAAUCUGGUUCAUCAGAUGAGUGUGUGUACGCUGAUGUGAAUAAAACUGCACGCUGUAACAUAAAUGAUUCAUAAUAAAUGGAGAAACACACGGCAGAAGCAGUGAAAAUGUUUCAGCAGGUUAAAUAUCUCGACUGUGUGUUAAUUUAUUCCAUAUUUUUCAUUACAAGCUUUUAAUCACUCAAAGAUUAUUAAACUAUUGUUAAAUAUUUUUGCUCAUUUCAGCUGGACAGAUAAUUGAUCUGCAGAAUGAUGAGCAGAUUUCUAGAAGCAAAAUGACUGUAUUUGGUGAAAGUACAAAAAAAAAAGUUGAUAAUAUUUUUAUAUUUGUUCAUAAUAGUUGCAUAAUAAUACAUAUUAAAUAAA